UCGGCCGGCCUCCCCGCCCCGGCGCCGCGCUCUGGUUCCGCCAUGGAAUCCAACAAGGAUGAAGCCGAGCGCUGUAUUAGCAUCGCCCUCAAGGCCAUCCAGAGCAGCCAGCCAGACCGGGCGCUCCGCUUCCUGGAGAAGGCGCAGCGGCUGUACCCAACGCCACGGGUCCGCGCUCUGAUGGAGUCCCUCAACCAGAAGCCCCAGCCCACGGACACGGCCCAGGCCCAGGCCCCCCACAGGAAAGUCAGUGAGGCGGAUGCUCCCUCUGCCAACGGGGAGGCCGGCGGAGGAGAGUGCACCAAAGGCUACACUGCAGAACAGGUCACCGCCGUCAAAAGGGUGAAGCAGUGUAAAGACUACUACGAGAUCCUGGGGGUGACCAGAGAGGCUUCGGAUGAAGACCUGAAAAAGGCCUACCGCAAACUGGCCCUCAAAUUCCACCCAGACAAGAACCACGCGCCCGGGGCCACAGAGGCUUUCAAAGCCAUUGGCACAGCUUAUGCGGUCCUUAGCAACCCCGAGAAAAAGAAGCAAUAUGACCAGUUUGGUGAUGACAAAACCCAGGCGGCACGGCACGGCCAUGGGCACGGGGACUUCCAUCGCACCUUUGAGGCCGACAUCUCUCCUGAAGACCUGUUCAACAUGUUCUUUGGCGGUGGCUUCCCCUCUAGUAACGUCCAUGUCUACAGCAACGGCCGCAUGCGCUACACCUACCAGCAAAGGCAGGAGCGCAGGGAGAACCAGGGUGACGGCGGCCUAGGGGUGUUUGUCCAACUGAUGCCCAUCCUCAUCCUGAUCCUCGUGUCAGCUCUCAGCCAGCUCAUGGUCUCCAGUCCCCCCUACAGUCUGAGCCUGCGGCCGUCGGUGGGUCACGUCCAUCGGCGAGUCACUGACCACCUGAGCGUCGUCUACUACGUGGCUGACACUUUCUCCAAAGAGUACACGGGCUCCAGCCUCAAAACUGUUGAACGGAACGUGGAGGAUGAUUAUAUCGCCAACCUCCGCAACAACUGUUGGAAGGAGAAGCAGCAGAAGGAAGGCUUGCUGUACCGGGCCCGAUACUUCGGCGACACAGAUAUGUACCACAAAGCACAGAAGAUGGGCACCCCGAGCUGUAGCCGCCUGUCAGAGGUGCAGGCCUCCCUGCAUGGAUAGUCCUGGCCAGCCACACCACCACGGGCCAAACUAUGAAAUCCCUGGAGAAUGUUUGGUGACAUGCACUGAGCCAAGGUGAUACACUGUAUAUUUAAGGAAAAACGUAAAAAGAAAAAGAAUUAAAGUGGAAUCGGAGGCCGAACACCGCACACCUGCCCCUCUCUCGUCCAGUAACUGCAGGCUGCUUUUAGGACAGCCAGGAAGGCCUACCAAGGCUGCAGCCCUCCCUCCCAAGGCUGGCAGGGCCCCAGCUCCAUGCUCUCCUAGGACACAGAAACCAUGGCAACAGAAAGUAGAAUGUAAAACUUGGCGGCAAUUGUCAUUGGAGGGAAGGGCUGGACUGGGCUGGGCUGGGGGAAGGGGUGCCCGCUGUCUGCCUUCCCCCUCCCAGGAGUCCCUGUCACCUCUGGUAGAAGCCAGCCUGAGGUGGCGUUGGCCAAGAUAGAGACGAGGAAGGGACCUUUGCUGAGAAUGUAAUUUAUAGAUGCAUGUGUAUGUAUAUAUAUAUCUAUUUAUAUGUAAAUACACAUAUAUAAAAAGAUAUAUAUAUGUAUAGUCUACUUUUAAAACUGCAGGGAUUUGCUUGUUUAGUAGAUUGCUUUCCUGUUGUGAAAGUGAGGCCUCUUUGGGAAAGGCAGCUUGGUCCUUCAAAGCCUCCUUUAGCCAUAGGGGAGAGCGCAGGAGAAGUCUGGGCACACACGACGGCUCCCUAGCCCUGGCAGGCCUGCUCUCCGAGGCAGCAGUAAUCAUGACAGUGUAAAUUAAGCAGAAGCCUGGAAGGCAGCAGUGCAGGCAGCCAGUGGGUCAGAGUUGGGUCCUGGUAGAGGCCGCAGGAAGGGCCUGCCUGGGCUGAGACCACCGGCCUCCGCCUGCCUCUCCCCUUGGACAAGCUCAGGUAGGCUCUUUGCCUGGUUCCCAAGAGCCCGGCCAGCCUGUCAGCAGAGCACAGGAGGCUUGGGAGAGGGAGACCAGGUUCUGCCCGGCAAUAUCCUCUCCCCCGCCCCCCUCAGUCCUCGGUGGGUUUUGCCUUACAGGUACUCCAGGCACAGAGUCAUGGGACCACUGGUUUGUCCCACUCUGUACCAAGGGCCCCAGAGGGCAUCCUCCCGAGACCCUGGGCCUUGGCCCUCCUCCUUCCUGAAGAAAGGCAGUGCCUGGGGUACCCAGGGGGUCUUUGCCCCCACGGAUCUGGUGUCCUGCACCUCUCUUGCCCUUUGGACAAAGGCUGUACUUGGAUCAGAAUGGUUUUCUUAAUCUUGCCUUCAAAUAAGGAUUUUUCUCAAAACAGCAGUUGCUGCCAGGGGAAGUGGGAGCCAUUUUGUGUUUCCCCACCAUCGAUACGGGGCCUUUUGAAGUUAACGUUAUCCCAACUUCGCCCGGCAGGUGGAAUGCCACUGAGCCUGCCGUCUUCUAAAGCCUUACUCGCGAGCUGCCAGCCGGGAGGGGACAGCCGUCCCCUCUCAGUUCUCUAGGCUGUUUUCCCCCCUUUACCUCCCCCAGUAAAUGAGGGUUCUUGAUGGGAAAGGAAGCUGGGGAGGAAAUGUCAAGUCGGUAUUUUCUAAACAAGGUCCUGCCCUGUGCUGCAGCAGCCACCCUGGCCCUGUGAGCAGAUAAGAACUGGACAGGGGCUCGAGUGUCACCCACGGAGGCCUUGGCGCUCUGCCCCCGGCCCGACCGUCCAGUCUGGGUCAGCGUCCCGAGACGGGCUGAGCCACGUGCAAUAAGAACAUAGAUCCCACCGGAUCCCCUGAAAAGCUGUAAUUCUUGAAUUAGAAUUCUACAAUUGUACAUCUAUAAAUACAUGUUUAUUAUGUGA